GAUCUGAUUUGUGGAUUUCCCUCUGAAGUGACGUUAGGGGUUCCUACCUAGGUAGGUACCUUACAUAUCGGGCUCAUGAAUAUGGAUCGAUAUCGUGAACUUGAUGUCAACACAACUUCAAUAAGCACAGAAUGCUUUCUUCAUAGAUGCCCUUGAUGAAUGUGAUGAGCGUCAUUUCGACUUGACACGGGAAAUAAAUGGCUGGACGGAGCAAAAUCUCAAUAUUCUCAAGAUAUGUGUCGCUAGCCAACAAUAGAACGAGUUCGAAGUUGGAUUUAAGGGAUAUCCAAGUCUUUUAAUCCACAAAUGGAUGCAUGCUGACAUUGAGAGUUUUGGCAAAACCAAGCUUGAUGGGAUUGGUGACUUGUCUACUCUUGUUGGCAAGGCUCAUCUGGAUUCCCUGGCCGAAACGGUUGUUGUUAAGGCUGAAGGCGUUUUUCUCUGGGUUCGCGUGGUCCUGAAUGCCAUCGAACAAGGUGUACUCAAUGAAGAUGACUUCGAAGACCUCCAAGGAAAAGUUGCUGCCUUCCCGACAGAGUUGAAGGUCCUAUAUCAGUACCUACUUAAUUCUAUCCCAAAAUUUACCCAUCGGAAGGCGUUUGAGACGUUGAUUUUCACUUUUUACAAAGGGACUUUCCUAUUACAGUACAAGUUUCUCAGUAACUUGUUUAGGGACCCAGACUUCGCAACCAAACUGUCGAUGAAGCCGCUACCGGAAAACGAUCUCAGAAGGUAUUCAGCCAACACAACCCGCCAGAUAAAUGGUCGGUGGAAAGGCUUCCUUGAAAUUCGACCUACUGUGGAAAAGAGUUGUCAAGGCGAUGAGAUUGUAUCAUGCAUGCAUUCCACUGUCGAGGAAUUUUUCCUCCAGCCAAUACCACGAAAAUAAUCAACCCUUACGUUGAUAAUAUACAUAUGUUAGACAGGUUAUGUCAAGUGUUUGUUGCUUUUAUGAAGUCUAUAGGCACUAAUCAAUCC